CGAGAACGAAAACGAGAUGGAGCGUAAAACUGAUUGGGCGAGGAGUGGUGCCAUCUUAUAUCUUGAAGCCUCAGUUUCGAGUUGCUCGUUUCGACGUUGUCAGUGACAAACCGGUAGAGUUGAAAAUGUCUAUACAAAACACGGGAUCGUGUUUAUUGGUCUUCCAACUUUCUUUUAUCGAUGUGUUAGAGGGUGAGAUUCUUCAGAACUUGGAAAAUUCAAAAUCUUUGCGAAAACAAAUGAAAAAGAAAAAGAACAACGAAAAAAACAACGAAAAAAAGGAGAAAAGCAUCGGAAAAAGCAGCAAAAAAAUGGAGGGAAAGGUGGAUUUGGACGAUAAACUUUUGCCGAACGAGCAUUUGGCGAUAUACGGUGGAAAUCUUAAGCGAUCCGAAGAUCAAAGAUUUUCCUUUUUGAAUCUCGACGAGAACAGGCAGCUAUUGCUUCCAGAAAAGAAGAAGGUGGAAUUCGGCGUUCAAUUUCAAAUCGAUCUGAAGAAGACGAAAGUGAAGAAAGACGAGAAAUCGAAUUACUGCCACGUGGCUUUGAUCAAACUUACGUUGGGUAGCGUCACGUUGCAAGACUUUAUAAUGAUAUGCUCGAUAAAUUGAAAAGUAAUUAAUUCCCGUUUAAAUAUGUACUUCAAAUCGCGUACUUUCUCGAAUCGAAUAUAAUUUCAGAAUAUCAGAUUAUGCAUUAUUAUUCUUGCGGAAAUUAAACGAGCAACUCUGUUCCGUGUCGGAUCAUUCAUCCGAGGCGUGGAAAAGUGUGCUUCGUUUCAAUAUUCACAAACGUAUCGUGACGUGACAAAAAUAUGAGAAUCGUGACUUCACAGCACGAUAUCACGGAGAAAAUGGAACCACGAAUGUCAUUUGCGGUAAAAUACGUUUUCUCGACGAAUGAUAUAUGGGCAAGUUUUCGUCGUUCGACAAAAUGAUUUCUCCAUUUUCCAAAUUUUUCUAAUUUUCCUCUUUCAAUUUCUUUCAACUUUAAAAUUAACUUUAAUUUUCCAUUUUACAUUUCGUCCAUUUUACCAAAGGGAGGAUUAAUCCAUUCACAAAAGAUUGUGUUCUGUUGCACAAAUUUCGAAUGAAGCUCAACGUUAACAUAUCUUUCGACAAUUUAUUCCAAUAUUUACAUGGAAACGCACGCGUAAAAAAUCGUUACAAUUCCGUGGAAAUGCUUUCAUAAAAUUAAAUACGGAGGAGACACCAUUUAAAUAUAUACAUAUCCUAUUUGUAAAUUAUCAUACGUCAGGCCGGCGCAUAAAUUUACAAAAUUAAUUCAUGGAAAUUGGGGAAAGGAGAAAGUAUAAAGUAGCAUGAUGUCGCGAAACGAAUUCGCCAGAACUUGUCGCUUAUAUUUACAUACGUACAUACAUACACACACACACACACACACACAUAC